GUUUGCCUUUAUGUUAAUAUAAGUAUUUAAACAUCACUGCAGCAUCAGUAUUCCAGUUUGCCUUUAAAAAAGGGCAUAUGUGUAUUGUGUAUUACAUGGUUGAUCCUAUACAAGUAUUAUUUUAAUAAGAAGAAUGGCUUCAUGAGUUGAAUGCUGGGGUUCAUGAUUACUAGUGAAUGUUAUUAUGCUAUUGGCACAAACCUCUUGGACACACCUGUAGUUCUGAUGACUAAUCCUAGAUAAUAAAUACUUGUUUGCUGUCUAAUUUGAAAAUGAUUUUCACAGAGCCACAAUGUUAAAGAGGAAGAGGAUCCAGCCUGCAGUGGAUGCAAUAUCGUGGGUUCUGUCUUAAAGGGACAAGCAGUGUUUUAUAGAAAAAUAUAUUGAUAAUAAUAAAGAUGACCAACUUGCAGCCUCCUGCUGUGGCAGUAGAGACCCAGAUAUUAAAAGCUGAUCCGAGCUCCCAUGGAGAUUCAAAUACAGACAGUUCAAACUCACAGAUGACCAACUUGCAGCCUCCUGCUGUGGCAGUAGAGACCCAGAUAUUAAAAGCUGAUCCGAGCUCCCAUGGAGAUUCAAAUACAGACAGUUCAAACUCACAGAUGACCAACUUGCAGCCUCCUGCUGUGGCAGUAGAGACCCAGAUAUUAAAAGCUGAUCCGAGCUCCCAUGGAGAUUCAAAUACAGACAGUGCAAACUCACAGAUGACCAACUUGCGGCCUCCUGCUGUGGCAGUAGAGACCCAGAUAUUAAAAGCUGAUCCGAGCUCCCAUGGAGAUUCAAAUACAGACAGUGCAAACUCACAGAUGACCAACUUGCAGCCUCCUGCUGUGGCAGUAGAGACCCAGAUAUUAAAAGCUGAUCCGAGCUCCCAUGGAGAUUCAAAUACAGACAGUGCAAACUCACAGAUGACCAACUUGCAGCCUCCUGCUGUGGCAGUAGAGACCCAGAUAUUAAAAGCUGAUCCGAGCUCCCAUGGAGAUUCAAAUACAGACAGUUCAAACUCACAGGUGACCAACUGGCAGCCUCCUGCUGUGGCAGUAGAGAUUGGAAAGCAAUCAAGUUUUUCAUAAAAAAUAGGAUCACUGCAAUGAAAAGUAAAAUGUAAUGAAAUGCCAUGUUGUUUGAGACAAUUUGCACUAACCUCACUCUUCAGGUUCCUACACACAGGUUAUUUAUUGUUUUUGAGUGUGUAUUUAAUAUUUUCGGGUGUGUUAUGUGGAAUGUGCCUGCCAUUAUGGGUUGGCCUGGGUCUAUACCCUAAGUAAAAAUAAUUAAAAACAAGCUCUUGCCAAGAGCAGCUUUCUUUUUUACACAAAACUUUGUUUUGUACAAUGUUUGUAUUUAAUAUUUUCUAGUUAUGUUAAAUGUACCUGCCAUAAUGGGUUGGUCUGAGUCUAUACCCUAAGUUUAAAAAAAAUGUUUUUGAGAGCAGCUU